GGGGGAGGUGGGUGUUACUUGGUAAGGAGGUAAAGGGUUAGUGUGGUGUAGGGGGAGGUUGGUGUUACUUGGUAAGGAGGUAAAGGGUUAGUGUGGUGUAGGGGGAGGUUGGUGUUACUUGGUAAGGAGGUAAAGGGUUAGUGUGGUGUAGGGGGAGGUUGGUGUUACUUGGUGAGGAGGUAAAGGGUUAGUGCGGUGUAGGGGGAGGUGGGUGUUACUUGGUAAGGAGGUAAAGGGUUAGUGGGGUGUAGGGGGAAGGUGGAAGCCCUGGCCUCCAUGCGGUUCUGUGAGAACUCUGGGUGUUGGCCGGCCGUGGGACCCGAGACAGAGAGAGCAGGGGGACCAACCAACAUGGAAACCAGUCCCGGCUGCAGCCUCUUCCCCAUGUGCUGGGCUGCAGAAUAUGACAGACACCUAGCUCACAGCAAAGGUAUGGCGACAGCUUACCUGGACCCCAACCUCAACCACGCCCUGGCUGGGGGGGCCAAGUCGCGCCUCAGUGCGGGCACGGCCACGGAGCGGGCUCCCGGGGCCCCUGACAGGGUCCUGAAGGUCUUCCAUCACUUCGAGAGCAAUAGCGAGCAUAGCACAUGGGCCAGCAACAUCCGCCAUGGGGACGCCACCGAUGUCAGGGGGAUCAUCCAGAAGAUUUUGGACAUCCACAAGGUGAAAUGCGUGGCGUGCUUCAGCCUGCGGCUCAGCCACUCCCAAUCCGGCCAGGUCCACUGGCUCCACCCUGAUAUGGGCGUGUCCCACGUGAGGGAGAAAUACGAGCAGAACCGCUCCCAGGAGGAGUGGAGGUAUGAACUGCGUAUUCGCUACCUUCCAAAAGGAUUCCUGCACCACUUCAGUGAAGAUAAACCCACACUCAACUACUUCUACCAGCAGGUGAAAAAUGACUACAUGGUAGAGAUAGCCGACCAGGUCGAGCAAGACAUUGCACUUAAGUUGGGAUGCCUUGAAAUCAGGAGAUUCUUCCGGGAGAUGCGGGGAAAUGCCCUGGACAAGAAAUCAAACUAUGAACUAUUAGAAAAAGAUGUGGGCUUAAGAAGAUUCUUCCCCAAGAGUUUACUGGAUUCAGUCAAGGCCAAAACCCUGCGGAAGCUGAUUCAGCAGACGUUCAAACAGUUUGCCAACAUGAAUGAUGACCAGAGCAUCCUCAAGUUCCUGGAGAUUCUGGCGCCCGUUUACAGAUAUGAUAAGGAGUGUUUUAAAUGUGCUCUCGGGUUGAGCUGGGUCAUCCAAGUAGAGCUAGCCAUUGGACCCGAGGAGGGCAUUAGCUACCUUACAGACAAGGGUUCGACUCCAACACACCUGGCCAACUUCACCCAGGUGCAGACCAUUGGAUACUCCGUCAUGGAGGACAAGGAGAGGAAGGGCAUGCUGCAGCUCAACGUGGCCGGUGCUGCUGAGCCUCUCACAGUGACCACGCCGUCACUCACCACAGCUGAAAACAUGGCCGACCUCAUAGACGGCUACUGUCGCCUGGUAAACGGAGUCACCCAGUCCUUCAUCAUACGGCCGCAGAAAGAGGGAGAGAGAGCACUGCCUUCAAUCCCCAAGGUGCCCAACAAUGAGAAGAGGAUAGUAGAGGGGGUGGUCCGGAGCGCCGGGGUGCGUGCCAUCUCUGUCUCAGAUUCUGUGAACUCUGUGACCCCGACGCCUCCUAAACCUGCUAAAGCCAGGCGCUUUCUCCUUCCUUUCGUCUUCUGUGCCCAUGACUCUCCGCCAAAGGAGGAUUGUAGUGGGGAUGAGACGGAUGACUAUGCUGAGAUUAUAGACGAAGACGAUACCUACACCAUGCCCUCAACAGUGAGCUAUGGAGUAGAUGAAGCCAGGGACUAUGAGAUCCAGAGAGACAGGAUAGAGCUGGGACGCUGCAUCGGUGAGGGACAGUUUGGAGACGUCCACCAGGGAGUCUACAACAGCCCGGAGAAUCCCACUCUAAAUGUGGCCAUUAAAACAUGCAAGAACUGCACGUCGGACAGCGUGCGCGAGAAGUUCCUUCAGGAAGCACUGACCAUGCGUCAGUUCGACCACCCCCACAUAGUGAAGCUGAUUGGUGUGAUCACAGAAAACCCUGUGUGGAUCAUCAUGGAGCUGUGCACGAUGGGAGAGUUGAGGUCAUUUUUACAAGUAAGGAAGUACAACCUGGACCUAUCAACGUUGAUCCUGUUCUCCCACCAGCUCAGCACAGCUUUGGCCUACCUGGAGAGCAAACGCUUUGUCCAUAGGGACAUUGCUGCCAGGAACGUGCUAGUGUCUUCCACAGACUGUGUGAUGCUGGGAGACUUUGGGCUCUCACGCUACAUGGAAGACUCCUCCUACUACAAAGCUUCCAAAGGGAAACUGCCAAUCAAAUGGAUGGCUCCAGAGUCCAUCAACUUCAGACGCUUUACCUCAGCCAGCGACGUGUGGAUGUUUGGUGUGUGUAUGUGGGAGAUCCUCAUGUACGGUAUCAAGCCCUUCCAGGGGGUAAAGAACAAUGAUGUCAUCGGGCGGAUAGAGAACGGAGAGCGUCUGGCCAUGCCCCACAACUGUCCCCCCACCCUGUACAGCCUGAUGACCAAGUGCUGGGCCUACGACCCCAGCAAGAGACCCCGCUUCACAGAGCUCAAAACCCAGCUCAGUACUAUCUUAGAGGAGGAGAAGGCCCAGCAGGAGGAGAGACUAAGGAUGGAGAUGAGACGUCAGGUCACUGUGUCCUGGGACUCAGGGGGCUCCGACGAGGCCCCCCCUAAACCUAGCAGACCUGGUUACCCCAGCCCUCGGUCUAGUGAAGGAUUCUACCCCAGCCCUCAGCACGCUGGGCAGCUCAACCAUUACCAGGUUGGGUACCCUGGCCCCCACGGCAUGCCCGCCAUGCCCAGUGGCGGGUACCCUCCCCAGGCCGGUGUCCUGGACCCCCAUGAGACCUGGAACCACCACCGGCCAGGGGAUGUCCCCAUGUGGUCCCCCAACAUGGAGGAUGGAGGUGUGUUGGACUUGCGUGGUUUGGGCCAGGUGCUGCCCCCACACCUGAUGGAGGAGAGGCUGAUGAUGCAGCAGCAGCAGAUGGAGGAGGACCAGCGCUGGUUGGAGCAGGAGGAGUGCUUCCUGAAGCCAGAAUCCAGGAACUCGCGGGGCAGCAUUGACCGGGAGGACUGCAGUCUCCAGGGGCCGACGGGAAACCAACACAUAUACCAACCAGUGGGACUGGGGAAACCAGAGCAUGUGGCCCCUCCUAAGAAGCCUCCUCGUCCUGGAGCCCCCAGCCACCUGGGCAGUCUGGCCAGCCUCAACCCUGUAGACAGCUACAACGAGGGGGUCAAGCCCUGGAGGAUCCAACCUCAGGAGAUCAGCCCUCCCCCCACGGCCAACUUGGACCGCUCCAACGACAAGGUGUAUGAGAACGUGACAGGCCUGGUCAAGGCUGUUAUAGAGAUGUCCAGUAAGAUCCAGCCAGCCCCUCCAGAGGAGUACGUCCCAAUGGUCAAGGAGGUGGGACUAGCUUUGAGAACCCUAUUGGCCACAGUGGACGAGACCAUACCAGUGUUACCAGCAAGCACACACAGAGAGAUUGAGAUGGCCCAGAAGCUCUUGAACUCUGACCUGGCCGAGCUGAUCAACAAGAUGAAGCUGGCCCAGCAGUAUGUCCUCACCAGCCUGCAGCAGGACUACAAGAAACAAAUGCUGACUGCUGCACAUGCCCUGGCUGUGGAUGCCAAGAACCUGCUGGACGUCAUCGACCAGGCCCGGCUCAAGAUGAUCCAUGCCCAGUCCCGGGGGUCACACUAGCCCCCUCCGGCUCCUAGCUCCCUGGGCAUGGAAGAGAGUCUGCUGUGGAAAUAGAGCUGGUUGGUUUCAGCUCCCAUAGCAAUCAUAGACUGCACAAUGUCACAAGUCAAGACUGCUCAGCUCACACCUCGAUCAGAGCUCCUGAUACUACAGGACAGAGACCGAAGUGGACACUCGACCUGAUCGUACCCUUCCGAAAAACUUUUUAUAGACUUGUGCUUUGUCUGUCGCUGCACUCCAGGAUCCCUGAAUGGUUGGAGAUCAGUUACAUACAAACUCUUGUUUUAUUAGAUCUGGCUGCGUCUCGUUUGUGCAGAUUGUUGUUGUUUUUUUAUCCAGAGGUGAAGUUCAGCUCACGUCAGAUGUCUUCUUCCAGGUGGCUAAUAAUUCUAAUAAUCACAGAUGAGGAAAUAGAUUAUAUUCUAACUGGAACAUCUGAUCCAUUGAAGAACUACAAGCUAUAAAUGGUAAUGAUUAACAUUGUGUUUCUGAGAGAUCAAUGUUAAAACAAUUACCUUGCCUAUCCUACAGUAUCACAGCAUAUAAUGCUCAUCCCAACACUCUCCACUAGAAUGAUAUAUUUUGGAAGCUCAUUUUUUUAGACUCAGGCACCUCUCGACACAGCGAAUAAUAAAAUAUACAAAAAAUACAUUUUGUUUUACCAAACAUGUCACAUGCCACUUUUUAAGUUAACUAAUAGUAAAUAUACAAAUAAAUAUAUUUUUCAGCAUUUCUGGGAUUUAAAUGUUAUGAGGCGCAUUUAAGUUCCACAGUGAAGAUGAACUAUCACGUGCCAAAUGAUUUGAAUCAUCCAAUAGUUUGGCAGUUAUACAGUUAAAAGAAAAACCUGUCCCAUUGCUAGCAAUUCCCUUAUCAAACGUUUUGUAUAUUUAAACCAGGUGCUCUAUUCAAUCUGGAUCAAUAAAGCGUUAGAUUGCACAAUAGAAAUGUAUUUUCAGAUUUAGCUGACGCUCUUAUCCAGAGCGACUUGCUACCCGCCGCCCCAGUAAUGCUGAACUUCCACGAUACGGAUUGAAUAGAGCCCUAAGUUAAACCUUUCUGCUUCUUUGGUUUCAACCCCAUUGCCUGGGUCAUUUUCAUUAGGGCACACUAGCAAAACAUUUUGCAAUGGAAAAUAAGCGCCACUUAAUGGACAACUUCAGGUAGUCCCUACUUGUUCAAUUUUUUGUUUGGUGCCUAAUGAAUGACCCUGGUUUACAGAUUCUGCCUCUCCAGACUUGUUAGACAUUAAUGUCCCUAUCAUGUGUACAAUCUCAAACUGCUUGUUUUGGGUAUAACUUAUUCUCAGGAAGAAUAACCUGUACAGUUCCUUAAACUAAUAAAAUGUAUCGUUCUUUGUC